AUGGCUGCGCGCUUUGAGAACGUUCCUGUGGUCGAAGUUUCAGCGGACAAUUUUGCCGUAUUAUGGCCUUUCAUGAUUCGCGCGAUAAACAAAUCCUCAUUCGUGGCACUGGACACGGAGAUGAGUGGAAUUGGAGAAAGAAAAAAUCUAAUGACUCAAUUUGUGGAGGAUCGGUAUAAAUACAUGUGUGAAGUGGCCCAAUCCAGAGCCAUUCUCUCUCUUGGUAUUUCUUGUUUCAAACUGAAGAAGAGAAAGAUGAGAAAUGAUACAGACUGCAAAGAAUCGGAUACAAAACUGAACAUCAGGAUCAAGACAUUCAACAUUGUUGUCCUCUGCACGGAAAACUUUGUAGUAGAACCAGUGUCUCUGACAUUUUUGGUCGGACAUGGCUUUGACUUUAACAAACAGUAUGCUAAAGGUGUUCCAUAUUCGAGAGGAGAUGACAAGGUAAUUUCUGGUACACCGCAGUACUCUGUGAGAAAUCUCUUCAAUCAACUCAUUCUUGCCAAUAAACCUGUUGUUGUUCACAAUGGGUUUUUGGACUUGGUGUUCCUAUAUCAGAACUUUUAUUGCAAGUUACCCGACAAACUGCAAGUGUUUACUGCAGAUUUAACAGAAAUGUUUCCAGCUGGUGUAUUUGAUACCAAGUUUGUGUCAGAGUACAGUGUGAGAGAACCUGCUUCAUUCUUGCUCUAUGUUUUCAAAAAGUGUCAAAGGACCAAUAUACAACAUGAAAACCAAGGAAGAAAGCAUGUUUGUCUGAAAUUUCGCGAGGAAGUUUCGUUAUCAUGUUUCACUGAGCACAUCUAUUGUGGAGCACGUGAUGAAAACGAAGCUGUUGAUACUGACGUCAUAGUGUGUGAGAAAUUUGCGGCUUAUGGAUUUUGUCCACGGGAAAAAUCUUGUCAAUUUUCACACGACGUCGAUGAUGUUUUAGAUCGGGAGUGGAAAGUGAAAGAAACCAAGAGGCUGAAGCGAAAACGAAAGCGUCACAACUCCGGCAAUAAUGAACACGAUGUAACUAAAACACGCGGUACUGAAAAUUCGCCCCCAACAGACACUUCCGAGGAAGUGUGUGCACGUGAUAAGCAAGACACUCACAUGACGUAUCCACGUGAUGCUCACGUGAGUCAGUCCAACGGUGUCAAGACACGUGACUGUGGUCACAGAGCGGGUUUCGAUGCGUUUAUGACCGGCUAUUGUAUGGCGACUUAUCUUCUUCAGCUUGGCAAGGAAAGUGUUGAUAACGAACUCACCCUCUCCUCCCUGGUGGAUGUUUCGAACAAGCUAAGCCUUCCAAGGAAAGACGUUCCAUUACAAAUAACACGAAGUCAUUUUAUCCGACCGUCAACCACGCACACUGAGAAACUUAAGCGACUGAAAAAUCAGCUUCAGUCGCCGGAACAGUCAUAAUGGAAUAUUUAGCUGGGCUAAAACUCUUUGUAACAUUUCAUUGUCAUUAAUUUUUGAAGUACCCCAUCCUAAAACUUCUCUUUUAUUUAUUUUUAUUUUUUAUCGCAUCCUUGCUUCAUUUGCCGUUUUGCAUUGCCUUCGUCUUUCUUGUCCAAAAUUUAAAUGAUUUUGUAUUCUUGAAAAGUGAAUUUUAUACAUGUUAUCUUUGGUUGUUUUCCCCUUUUGCAAAGUAUUAUUUUUCUUUCGUUUCCUCUUCCUUUUUUUUGAUAGGGGCAAAGGUAACCUCAUUCCCGAGAUAUGUUGAUUUUCUCCGUUCCUACAUUGUUGUUUCAGAGGAAACUGUCUUUUUUCGGGGCGAAGUGAGUUUCCUAUAUUUUAUAAUUUUACCCAUUUCAGUUUACAUUCGGUUAUUUGUAAAUCGUGUGCUCCUUCAGGGGCAGAAAAUCUUCUUGUUCACAAGCUCUAAGCAGUCGUACUUACAAACUUUAUUCAAUCUGCUCUCCCUGCGACAAAGAUGUUGGUGAACUUUGUCACGUUAUUUUUACUUGCCGAAUUACUUUACGCUCGAGAGAAACCAUGACAUGUUAGUUGGGUAAAUGGGGAAAUUAAAACAAUCGAAGUGACACGAUGGUGACCCCGUGGAUAUACUGUGCAGAAUGUAAUUCUCUAUUUCGUUGGAUGAAGUGUAAGGUUGCAAAAUAAACCUAAUGUUUGAUUCCAACCCUCCAAAAAAUGAGCUAUUUACUGAGAGGGAAUCGAUAUUAUUUCAAAUUCUGAUUAGUGGGCUAUUCAGUAGUGCAUGUCUGGCACAAGAGCCAAUACAAAAGACCAAACAAUACACAAUAGCUAACC